AUGAAAGCAAAUGAUGGUAAUGGGAAAAUAAAAGCAGUGAUUGGUUUCUGUGAGGCAACCUCAUCUGGUAACAACGGAGGGAGCAGGAAGAAACUCUCUCAUGCAUUGCCUCCUCAAUCUCAAAAGAAAGACUUGUGCGGUGAAGAACUCACACAUGAAGUUUCAGCUGCUUUCAAAGAAAACAAGAAACCACACUCAAUUGGAAAGAAGCUUUCUCUGGGCUUAAAGAAGCCAUCGGUUAAUGCAGCAUCACUUAAUAACGACUUGGCCACUUCAAGUUUUCGAACUUCAGCUUCAAAGAGUAACAACAAUGGACUAAACCGAAAACUGUCCUUGAGACCCCUUGGAGAGUCGCAGUUGAAUGAAGUUAGCAAAGCAGAGGUACUUGCGAAAACUGAAAUGAAUGAGAAUCAAGAUCCGAAAAGUUGGGGUGAAGAGUUUGAGAAGUCAGUCUUAGAAGAAGCAUCAAUGCCUGAAUCCAUUGUUUUUCUAAACAGUGAAGAAAGUGGAGGAGAAGAGGAAGAAGCAACAGUCUCUUUGAAGUCAAGAUUGUCAUUGGCAAGGAGAGGCCUCAAGUGUGGUCGACCUUGAAAUAACUGUUUUGUUUUAUUUGGAUCGAACCAAGUUUGCAUAUUGAAUCUCGAGCAUAUGAUUUAUUGUUAUUACUCUUGAAAUACAAAAUGAGUGUGGUAAAGUCUAAAGAAUUGAUGAUGAUACAUUUUUUUAUAUGGAAAUUUGAUUAGAAUA